AUGGCGGUGGCCAGCGCGGGCGUGGUACCUGCUCCGGUCUAUCACGGCGCGCCGGCGGACGACGACUACGACGCGCACCCCCAGUACAGCUUCGCGUACGACGUUCACGACUCUGUGACCGGGGAUUCCAAGUCGCAGCACGAGAGCCGAGACGGCGACGUCGUGCAGGGCUCCUACUCGCUGGUCGAGCCCGAUGGUACGCAGCGCACGGUGGACUACACCUCCGACCCACAGAACGGGUUUAACGCGGUCGUCCGCAGAGAGCCUGUCGGCGCGAAGACUGCAACCGUGGCUAAGGUCGCUCCGGCUGCGUCAGUCGCCUACCACUCCGCGCCCGUUGCUUACCACUCUGCACCCGUGGCCUAUCACUCCUCUCCCAUCGCCUAUCAUGCCACCCCCAUAUCCUACGCCUCCCCCAUCGCUUACCACUCCGCCUCCCCCAUCGUGCACACUUCUCCUUUCGCAUAUUCCUCACCCAUCUAUCACCAU